GCCUCUGAACAUCUCUCAGCAGCAGCAGCAACAACAGCAGCAGCAGCAGGAGUGUGGAGUAGCAGCAGCAGCAAGAGAAGCAGCAACAACAGCAGCAGCAAUAGAAGCAGCAGCAGCAAGAAGAAGAAGAGAGAGGGAGGAGGAUGAGGAGGAGCUGAGCUGUGCGAAUCGUCGCCGUUUCGCAGCAGCAGCAGGAGCAGCAGCAUCAGCAGCAUCAUCAGCAUCAGGAGGAGUGUGGAGUAGCAGCAGCAGCAGCAACAACAGCAAACAGCAGCAGGAGGAAGAAGAAGAGAGAGAGAGAAGGAGGAGGAGCUGUGUGAGUCGCUGUUUCGCAGCACCACCACCACCACUGCUUGUGGUGCUUGUGGUGACGCUGCUGCUGCUUGGCAGGGCUCGCCAUGGCGAGCUGCCAACAGCAGCGGCCACGGCGGCUCCCAAACCUCCUCCUCCUCCUCCCCACCACCACGGGGAUCCCACCACCACCACCGCUGCUGCUGCUGUUGAGACACAUGCUGCUACUGCUGCUGCUUCGGACAGGGCCGUGUGGCAGCGUGGCGGAGACGCGGCAGUGCGUUUACUACAACGGCUCGCUGGGCUGGGACGGGGAGGCGGCCGUGGCCUCAGAGCUAUGUGAUGGCGAGCGGGACAAGCGCCAGCACUGCUACGCCACCUGGCGCAACUCCUCCGGCACCGUGCGGCUGGAGCGCCGCGGCUGUUGGCUCGACGACUUCAACUGCUACGACCGGACGGAGUGUGUGGAGACCACCGAAAACCCGAUGGUGUUUUUCUGUUGCUGCAACGGAGAUUUCUGCAAUGGAAACUUCAAGUACCAGCCCUCGUUUCAGCUCCCCAUUGAAGAUUCCAAGAAGCCUCCGGAGCCGCCCCCGCUGGGCAACGUGCUGCUCUACAGCAUGGUGCCGCUGCUGGGCGUCUCCCUGCUGCUGCUGCUCGCGUUCUGGCUCUACCGCCACCACGGGCUGCCCUACGCCCACCACGAGGUGCCCACGCAGGAGGAUGUGGAGGCGGCCCCCGCCUCUCCCCUCCUGGGCCUCAAGCCUCUGCAACUGUUGGAGCUGCAGGCCCGCGGGCGAUUCGGCUGCGUCUACCGUGCCCAGCUGCCCGGCCAGGAAGUGGCCGUCAAAGUUUUCCCCCCCGAGCACAAGGCGUCGUGGCAGAACGAAGUGGCCAUGUUCACCGCGGCCGGCAUGAAGCACGAGAACUUGCUGCAGUUCCUGGCGGCUGAGAGGCGUGGCACGGGCCUGGACUUCGAGUUCUGGAUCAUCACCCUCUUUCAGCACAAGGGCUCGGUGGGCGACUACCUCAAGGGCAACGUGGUGACGUGGAGCGAGAUGUGCCACAUCGCCGAGACGAUGGCACGCGGACUCUCCUUCCUGCACGAGGAGGGCCCCGACCUCAAGCCGGCCAUCGCUCACAGGGAUUUCAAGAGCAAGAAUGUGCUGCUCAAGAGCGACCUGACAGCAUGCGUCGCCGACCUUGGCCUGGCCGUCAAGUUUGAGCCUGGCAAACCACCCGGGGACAUGCACGGCCAGGUGGGCACGCGCAGGUACAUGGCCCCCGAGGUGCUGGAAGGGGCCAUCAACUUCCAGCGAGACGCCUUCCUGCGUAUUGACAUGUACGCCGUGGGGCUCGUGAUGUGGGAGCUCGUGUCCAGGUGCACCGUGGCCGACGGCCCGGUCGGGGACUACCGCAUGCCGUUUGAGGACGAGGCGGGACAGCAUCCGUCGCUGGAAGACAUGCAGGAGGUGGUCGUCAACAAGAAGCAGAGGCCCGUGCUUCGUGACUGCUGGAGGAAACAUCCUGGCCUGUCCCAGCUGUGCGAGACGGUGGAGGAAUGCUGGGACCACGACGCCGAGGCUCGGCUCUCGGCCGGCUGCGUGGUCGAGAGGGUGUGCCACGCGCGCCGUGUCGCAGAAGCUUCCGGCGUCGCCACCACCACUACCUCCACCAGCAGCACCAGCAGCAGCAGCAGCAGCGCCGGCGAUGCCACCAUCACAAUCAUGGUUCCCUCGGCGUCACCUCCGAAUCCUGAACUGCUGCCCGGCGCCGCGAGAGAAUCCAGCCUCUGAGCCCAAGCCGCGCCGUCGUAGCGUCAAACCGGGCGGCACGAGCAACACGCGGGAACUGUAAACACUCGGGCACCGGUCAUCGGGAGCAAGGGGGAGCAGUGAAGAACGUGGGGACAAUCGGCGCGCAGGUAGCCGCCGGUGUGCGCUGGUUGCUGCGUCUGUCGGAGUCUCAAUUGCUAGAGAGUGGGGGGGACUCCAGGCUGGGUGACCAUUGUGAUCUGAAGGUGCUCAGCGUUUGUGGCUGUGCAAAAAAAAAAGAGAGUCAUUGACUCGCGUUUGCGUCCGUGCACCGCCUGUGCAAAUGGGGCGCAAAGUAUUCCGACCGUAGAGAAGUGACGGUGUGUCGAGUACACAUUGGCAGUGCUGUUCGAAAAUCUUGAUUGGACCACGCUUUGGAGGUGCAUCAUAUAAGCGGCCACAGGAAGCGAUUUAAGAUGCGCUGCGACUCCAACACGCCACAGUGCACCCGAAGCAAGUCAUUCGCAGAUGGACUCUGUGUUCUUCACUAAAAAACAUGAAUGUACUGCUUUGAAAGUCAGAUACUGCGUUUUAACGUUACUCCUCAACUGUGCAUCGAAAUGAGUUUUUUUCAGGACACUUGCUUUCCUUUUACAGAUAAGUGCUCAUUGGCAACGGUGUGUGCUCUAGCUACAGACAUGAAUUCAUUAACGAACGACUUCAUGAACGACUUGAAGACAACCGAAGGGAAAAAAGACGCCACUGCCAAACAGAAAUCAUGAGCUCCACUGCAAGAAUUACAAUACUUCUGGUGUUGGUGUCAGCAUGCAUGAUGCUAUUGCUGUAACAAAUCAGCAGGGACACCAUCAAUAAUAUAAGCCAUCUGUUCAGCCAAAAAAAAAGCAUUAUAAACAGGUACAAGUUCAUAAUUUUUUACUCCAGUACAGCUGUAAUGUGCUCACCACCUCCGCCACUUGCGAGGUUCCCUCCCACAUCGUGCCGUACGCUGUGUGGAGCCUUCAAACCUCCGCAUGCCAUUUCAUCUCAGGAAAAAAAAAAUGAUUCUCGUCGCUUGGGGUACCGUUGGUCUUUGUGAGCUGCAGUCCUGGAUUGAGCGUGCAAGGGAGCGCCCGGGUAGGCGGUCGGUAGGCGGUCGGCAAGCGGAUCGCAGGUCUCACGAGCCGCCGACCCCAUCUCGGCCACGCCGCAUUUAUUUUGUUUUCAUCGGUGGCCCGUUGUCUCGGAGCAGUCGUCGGGUUUUCAGUUGGGAGUUGAACUCCGGCCGCUGCUCGAGGCUGUCAGGCUGGUGUUUAUGACGAGCGCAGUGCAGGCGAGAGACGUCAACGAUGUUGUUCAGGAGCGAGCGUUGCUGGCGCAGGCAAAGUGAAUGCUUCGGUAGGCGGCGAUUGCUCCUUUGCAGAAAUGGCGUAUCUGCGAGGAGAACCUGCCUUGGUUUGAGUUUUUCAUUUUUUUUAUGCUGUCUCUGAAUAAAUCGUGGAGCCUCUGCAACUCUUAACACUUCCUACCAAAUAGAGUCUGAUAGGGCAGUGCAGCAUUUAAAGAAAGAAAAGGUGUGAUUCAUGUGAAUACAAACAAAAUGCCCGUUGCUGUCUCUUGUGAAACGGCAGGCGUGUGGCUUGUGCUGUGAGACUGGAUUAAAGAGUAGGCGACGUUCUCAAAGAACAUGCCUUCUGCUGUAUCAAUGCCGCGCAGCAAAAAAUAUAUAUAUACCGGUAAUUGCACCGAUCGAAACAUGAAGCCGUGAUUAUUGCGAUGUCAGGUGCUUUAACUGAACUGCGUGCAUUGGCUCCCAGGCUCAAGUGACGUCUGAAAAACCUGUUACAACUCCCCAUCACUGUGCCUACGAUUUGAAAUUGUUGCGCCCCCCCUUUUUGAGUUCGGAUGAAAAAAAAAAUCAACCGUAAUGUGAAUAUUUUAUCGAGGUGAUUUUUCUUUCAUUGUCGUUGUUAAAUUAUUCUUUAGUCCGGGUGACCACCCACCCUUCGUUCCGCCAUGGAGCGUAUCGCCGGCCUCUUGUCAAGCCACCGAAUGUCAAUGCUGCUUUGGAAACUUCCACAGGGUCACUGAGGUCAAACAGGGCACUUCACACUCAACCGCCACCUCUUCACAACCAGAUAUACCUCAUUUUUUUAAAGUUUAUAUUUAAAAUACCUGUAUUUUAGUACUUUAUGCCGUUUUGUCCGACCUUAUUCUGUUUUUAUCGAUACUGUACAGUUUUUAGUUCCAGGUUUUUACCGAGUACAGUAUACCUGUUGAGAAAGUACAAUUCACGGCGGGAUUUGCUUUCCGUAUUUGUUGUCAUUAUUUUCGAGAGAGUGAGUUAUUGUUUUUGUUCAGGUCGUCUAAAUUUUUAAAGCUUCCUGACCAUCUCUCCCCCCUCUGUUCACCUGUGAUUUACCCAUGGCCUUCCGCCCCAGGUCGUUAUUGAAGUUUUUCUGUGCGUUCACCUGCCCGGCCAGGUCGCCGUGCGGCGGUGGUCAUUGACUGUUCAGGGGUGUUGUGUACUGCGCACCACGUGCACUCACACAACGGAACACACACGCACACACACCCCCUUACACCGAGAGAACAUUUGGCAGAAUGUUCAGCCCUUGCCUGCAAAGGUUCAUGGUCGACACUGAAUUCGCCGAUCGUUAUUCAGGAGUCUUAAGCGAGUGUAUCAAAGCGACACAGUUUCGUUGAUUUUUGUUGUUUCGUUUCAAUUUUGUGGAAUGCAUAUAUUUUACGUGUAUAAACAAAGUAGUCGUGUAAGCAAAUUAAACUAAUUAAAGUAUGAAAGUUAAUGUAACCUUGUUUUGAAAUGGACAACACGUAUAUAUGGUGACAUGUUAAAUGUUAAUGAUAGUGAAUAUCUAAACUGUAACUUGCCAAGAGGUUUUGUUUUGGAAUAGACAGCUGUGGUUAAAGUGAAUGUCGAAGGACCCUUUGCAGACUGUGGAUAUUUUCAUUCGUGCUCUGCUGGCAUGCAGAUGCAGGUGUCUUGAUCAUUUCAAACCCUAAAAGGUGUAUGCCUGUGUACAGUGAAUUGUUUUUACUUUCUUAAAAAAAUUCUUGCAAUACCUCAGGCAGGUAAAUAGCAUUUGUAUCUUUGUAUGUAAAGUUAAUUGACGGCGCUGGUAGUUUGUACUCGUGUCGCUAUCGAGGCAGAAGUUGUGCUACUGAUGUUCUUGUAGAUAAAUCGAUGUCAUGGUGUACUUUGUCAGUUAGAUAUCAGAAACCUCCCGUCACGGAGAGCCUCGGUCGUAUGGCGACUCCUCUUGGCGAACGGACGAGUCCACGGGGUGACCCUGGUGGUCGAUAAUUACGCGACACGGCCCUCCGUCUCCAACGGGAACGCUUCUCGUUGGCAUCACGGUGUGCCUGCCGUGUAACGAGGAUGGCACUUCGAUUCACCCUCAAGCCCCGCACCCUCGUGUGGAUUGCUCCGAUUGCCGCUUUAAUCAACCUAACGCGGAGAACUCUUAGAGGAGUUAUUCAAUUGAUUAAAAAGUCUGCUCCCUUGCUUAAAUGAGCAAUGGGGGAGUGGGUGGAGUGCUUUUUUCCACUUGCCCCGAGCCAUUUGUGCAAAUGCCACCUUCCCAUAGUGAAAUCCAAUAUCUGUAUUCCGUAGCAUGACCACUAUUGACUUCUCACGAAAGUUGAUGUGAACUUCAUCAACCCCAGAUGGAUGACUGGCUAAGUUAACCCCCCCCCCUUCCCAACCAUGAAUUAAACUCACACCUCUACGAUGAGUUGAGAGAAUGAGUCGAGCACUAUCCUCCACUGCACAGGCAGGUGCCACCCCCCCCCCCCCCACCGAGGAUUAUUUAUCUCGUGCCCUGCGCGCCAGCAGUCGGGGUGGUUGUAAAUGGAGAACACUCGCCAACUAUUUCCGUCCGCUGCGUGCGAGGUGGAGCAACACGCUUAGUGCUCAGUGACGGGGAACAUUUACAACUGAUUGAUGCAAAUAGACGUUAACGUUACAAUGGACGGUGCAAAUCAACAUUGCAUUCUAACAACAAAGUUGACGGCGGACAAUUAGAAAACCCUUAACUCAGUGUUUUGAAAAUGUAGUGCGUAUUAAAUGAUAUCGGUUGUGCACACGUCCGCAUAACAAAGCGUGCGCAACGGUAAAUCAAAUACGCGAAUAAGCAACAUUUAUAUUCUGCCUGGAUUUAUAAAACUUGCUUUCGCCCAGCUGGAGUCUAACCAGGUGGCAACAGCACAAUGUGUGCUGUCACUUCAGUGGAACGGACGAUGCCGCCAGGGGUGAGACAUCAAGCCAGAUUGUUGUCGGUCACUGCUGAGUGGCAUCCGACGAGGACCUCGACAAACUCCGCUGUCGUAACCCUGUUCAAUCAUCGGAAUAGCGCGUGUGGUGCUAUGCAGUGGUAUAGCAAAAAAACGCAUCUGGACAUGUUGCACCGGGUUUUAUGGGAAAGUGUCAGGUCCUCCACCUUUCCGUCAGCAUGGGCCUUCAUUUCCAGGAUUGGCCCCUUUAAAAGUGGAUUUAUCGCCAAGGUUUUUUGGUUCAUUGAAACCUCUUGCAAAGGCCCUCUGCGCUCUUUUAGAACACAGCAAGAGAAUGGACGGGGAAGGGAUUUCAACAGAUUCCAAAUCAAACUGUAUGAGGGGUGUCGGUAAAGCUGUGUUAAAUUGUAAAAAAAAAAAUCAGCCCACGUUAUGGCUGUACACCACUCACUUUGGCCCAAUAUUUAUUUUUUUCUCCAACGGGGAGCACGAAAAGUUGCCGUUAUCAUCGCCUAUUCUCAACAUAGGCACGUCUCCAAUUAGGGAGUCCAUUCUUAAUUUUGGAGCUUUCGUGACCGCAGGAAUUACUCUUUGGUUCUUUCGGUAAAGUCACGUAUAAAGAUAAAAUAAUAAAUUAAAUAAUAGCAUACGGGUGUCCAUAUUUGCUUUUGAAAUCAAAAUCUGGAUUGGAGCGUUGCUGUGCCGCAUGCAACGGUGCGACUGUUCCCACUCAAGCGAGCCUCUCCCUGGAACGCGUUACACCACAUCGGUGUUGGUGUUGCCAGGUUGAGAGUAAAAGUCGGUGGAGUAAAAGCCCUAGAUACACGGAUUUUGCUGGGGAAAUAACCUCUAGCUCUCAAAAGCCUUUAAAAGGACAUCAUCGGCUCAAAAUAAGCAGUCCAAUAAACAAAGUCACGAUUGCAGUAUUUACUUGGAGAUACGAGGGGUGUUAAAAGCCCUCGACAAGAAAAUUUAUCUUUAGAUUUUUACACCUCUUUCUCAACAUAAUCCACGUGGAUACAUUUUUCCCCAUCCAUGUUAAAGCCUCAGAAUAUCCUCAUCAUAAAUUAUGGUUCUUGAGCCAGUUACCAACAGUUGAUGUCUGUAUGUAUGUACUAUUGAACUUCUUUCGCGCCGUACGUAGCCAAUCGUGCUAAAUCGGAGGUGCGGGGGAAAGGACGACAAACCAAACACAAAAAGUAGUUCUUGAUCAAUUCGUUUUCAAUCUCGAUUUAAACGUGCUUGGCUGAAGUGGCUUCCUCAUAUCGGAAGAACAUUCCAAACGGCCACAAGUACAACUGAAAGCGCGCGAUGCAGUGACCAUCUUUGUUCGAUGACUAGCCAAAAGCCGCAGCGAUGAUAACCGGAGUUCGCGUGAUUUCUCCUUUAUCUAAGCUGAACCACGGGCCGGCGUAGUAUUUCCAUGAUUGUGUACAUGGUCCAGGUAAUUAGCUCUUAAUAAUGGCCUGUGGCGUCCCUAAAUAGAGACGCCGUGAAGUUGGAGAUUUCGUAGUUUCCA